AUUUAGUGCAAUAUCUCAAAAAAUUAUCAUAUUUUAAACAGAAUAGUGUGUAUGUUUGCUUAACCGGUCUGUACUCGUUUUUUGGCGGUUAAUUUUUUUACUAUCACUCCAUCUCCAUUGAACUGUUUUCAUGACUACCUAAAAGUAAUGUAAAAAUGUCAUCAAGCGUUUUUGGAUAUUUAGUUGUUAUUAAAAAAGAUGGGACUACAGACGGUUCACGUUUUGCUGUUACAAAUAGUACAAUUAUAAUUGGCCGUGGUAAUGUUUGUGACAUACGAUUUUCUCGACCCAAUGUUGCGUUGAAACAGUGUGCAAUCAAUUUCACUCCUGAUGGCGAAGUCUUAGUUGAAAAUUUGGAUCCCACAUCUUUACCAGUCACUAUUGAAGGCGUGUUAAUUUUAAAUAAACGGAUAUUACCUGGGCAAACAUUUGCAAUUGAUACACGACGAUUCCGGUUUGAACAGUCAGAAGAGCAACGCUUAUAUCAAAUAUCGCAAUUGCAACGACAAAAUUUGAAAACAUUUACACUACCGAAAAUUUUAGACGAAAAGAAAAAACGAUACACUGAAGGAGAUUUAUUUACAUCGAAGAAAAAUGUUACCAAUACAGUGGCCAACAGAUCACAAGAUGCAAAUAUUGGAUUUAGUACUGAAAUAACUUCAGCAGAACUUGAAACAAACUCAUCAGGUUCUGAAAAUAAAUCAUUAGAGGCUGAAUCACAAAACAAUGAAACAAAAUUAUUGAAGCCUGAAUCAGAUAUUCUUGAAAAAAGUCAAACAAAAUCAUUAGUGCCUGAAUUACAAACCAGUGAAAAGGAUCAAACAAGAGAACGAAGAAAAGCUGAGAAUACCGAAAUACCUCCUUUAUUUUCAGAAAACAGUACACCAAACACUUCGUUAAAAAAACGUGAUCGGCGUAGUAGUUCAACUCAACCACCUAAAACACCCGAAGUGCCUUUACGACGUAGUACGCGAUCCCGAAGUAUUUCUGGAAUAACAUCCCAAACAGAAUUAACACCACUAACACCGAAAUUAAAUAAAACAUUAAAUUUCAAAGGAAGUACGCCGCGUAGUAAUAAACGGAAUGAAUUGCAUAAUUUAUUAUUACAUAAUAUUGUCAAAAAUAACCCAAUCGCUGCGGAUACAAAUGAUCUAGAUGUAUCAAAAUUAUCAACGAUAGCUUUAAAUAAUACUUCAAUAAAAUCAAUUAGUUCUGAAGAUGUUACAUCGUCGGAUAUUUUUGACGACCUUCACAAUAAUUCAACUUUAGAUAAUGAAAUCGACUCCAAUUCAUCUAAAAAUAAUCUUUCAUCAACACCGAAAGAUCCUUCAAUUACUUCAGAACAUGAAAAUUCUGAAAGUGAUAAUUCGAAAGAAAAUCAUAUUGAAACAGAAAGUGUAUCAAAAAACACUCAAAACGACGAUAUAAUUCGAACUCCUUCAAAAAUUCUUGGUAUAUCAGUAUCGGAAAUCAUCAAUUCAGUUGCGUCUUCACGUUCUAAAUGCACUACACGUGGGAAUUCAUUAGGAAAUGGUUCUGAAAAUAAUGAAGUAAUUAAUGAAUCAAUUUCAUCUUUAGCUUCUCGGAGAAGUAUUCGCAAAGAAUCUAAAACAGAAGAAAACAGUAUUUUGUCGACUUCACAAAAAAAUAAUACCGAAAAUACACUGAACAUUUUUAGUACGCCAAAUGGAACGGGUAAUUUAACUAAAAAAGACGAUGGUUUAACUUCUUCAGAGAAGGGUGAUUUUGACGAAACAUAUUUUUCGGGAUAUAAAUCAAACAUAUUAGAAAAUACAGAAUCAGAUAUAUCUGAGCGAAUUCAAGUUGAAAAUUGUACGAAAAAUAGUUCAAAUCUUAAUUCACCAUCUGAUAAUAUACAUACGUCAAAAGUUUUUGAAAAUGCUAAAAAUGAUUUUAAAUUUAGUACGCCGUAUACAGGUAAUAAGAAUAUGACAUCCACACCUGGUCGAUUCUUAUGUAAAAGUAUACGAUUUGAUUUAGAAACGUCUGAAAUUCUCGACGAGCCAUCUGAUAAAAAUGAAAUAGAAUCCAGCCAAAAUAUUGAUGCAAAUGAAACCUGCUACAAUUCAAUUAAAAAUAUCUCAAAUACUAAAAUACUAAACGCUUCAGUCACAGUUGAAAGUCUACCAACUAUCGAAAAAAGCACGUUAGAUAUCUCGAAAAAUAUUUCGCAAAAGACUAAACUGUUCGACACAAAUAACCAAUCAUAUCAAUUUGAAAAUAAUCAAAGCAUUGAUCAAGAACAAUUAAUGAAUAAAUCUUUAAAAUCACCAAACACAAGAAAAAGUGCACGAUUCCAAACCAAAGAUGAAUCAAAAAUUGAAAAUCAAUCUAAUGUUGUUGACAAAGAAACGUCACAAAGACAAACAUCGAUAAUUUCACCGAGAAAAAGUAAACGAUUUGAGAAUAAUAUCGAAGAAAAUUUAGAAAAAGAAAUUUUAAUGAUUUCACCUAAAAAGGAUAAACAAUUGGAAACUGAAAAUCGGUCUGAUGUUACCGAAGAAAAAAUAAUUGAAACAGAAGAUUCAAAGACCACAUCAAGAAAGAGUAAACGUUUCCAAGUAGAAGAUGAACCGAAAAUCGAAAAUCAAUCUGGUGUUAACGAAAACAAUACUAAAGAAAAAGUAUCCAAAGAGGAAAACUUAAUGAAUACUCCAAAAAUAAGUAAAAAUUUCACAGAAAAUGAAUCCGAAAUUGAAAAUGAACAUAACGUUAAUGGAGAUAAAUUAUUCGAAAAAAACACGAUGACCUCACCAAGAAAGAGUAAUCGAUUCCAAAAAGAAAAUGAAUCCCAAAUCGAAGAUCAAUUUGUUAUUAUCGAAGAGGGAGUAUCCAAAAGUGUACCAUUAAUUAUUACACCAAGAAAGAGUAAACGAUUCCAAACGGAAAAUGAAUCGGAAAUCGAAGAUCAAUCUGCCAUUGUCACUAAAAACAUCGAAGAAGAAUUAUCCAAACGAGACACGUCAAUUAUUACACCAAGAAAGAGUAAACGAUUCCAAACAGAAAAUGAAUCUAACGUUAUAAUAGAAAAAACAUUCGAAAAAGAUACAUCGAUGAUUUCACCAAGAAAGAGUAAUCGAUUCCAAACCGAAAAUGAAUCGGAAAUUGAAAACGAAUCAAAUAUUAUUGGAGAAAAAUUAUUCGAAAAUCGCACAUCGAUGAUUUCACCAAGAAAGAGUAAUCGAUUCCAAACAGAAAAUGAACCGGGAAUUGAAAAUAAAUCUAAUGUUAUGGUAGAAAAAAUACUCGAAGAAGGUGCAUCUAUGAUUUCAACAAGAAAGAGUAAUCGAUUCCAAACAGAAAAUGAAUCAGAAAUCGAAAAUCAAUCUGCCGUUAUCGAAAAUAACACCGAAGAAGAAGUAUCCAAAAGAGAAACUUCAACUCUUACAUCAAGUAAUUGUAAAGGAUUUCAAACAGACAAUGAAUCGGAAAUUGAAAAUGAGUCUAAUGUUGAAGAAACAUUCGAAAGAGACACAUCGAUGAUUUCGCCAAGAAAGAGUAAUCGAUUCCAAACAGAAAAUGAAUCGGAAAUCGAAGAGGAAGUAUCUAAAAGAGAAACAUCAAUUAUAACACCAAGAAAGAGUAAACGAUUCCAAACAGAAAAUGAAUCAGAAAUCGAAGAGGAAGUAUCUAAAAGAGAAACAUCAAUUAUUACACCAAGAAAGACUAAACGAUUCCAAACAGAAAAUGAAUCGGGAAUUGAAAAUAAAUCUAAUGUUAUGGUAGAAAAAAUACUCGAAGAAGGCGCAUCUAUGAUUUCAACAAGAAAGAGUAAUCGAUUCCAAACAGAAAAUGAAUCAGAAAUCGAAAAUCAAUCUGCCGUUAUCGAAAAUAACACCGAAGAGGAAGUAUCCAAAAGAGAAACUUCAACUCUUACAUCAAGUAAUUGUAAAGGAUUUCAAACAGACAAUGAAUCGGAAAUUGAAAAUGAGUCUAAUGUUGAAGAAACAUUCGAAAGAGACACAUCGAUGAUUUCGCCAAGGAAGAGUAAUCGAUUCCAAACAGAAAAUGAAUCGGAAAUCGAAGAGGAAGUAUCUAAAAGAGAAACAUCAAUUAUAACACCAAGAAAGAGUAAACGAUUCCAAACAGAAAAUGAAUCAGAAAUCGAAGAGGAAGUAUCUAAAAGAGAAACAUCAAUUAUUACACCAAGAAAGACUAAACGAUUCCAAACAGAAAAUGAAUCGGGAAUUGAAAAUAAAUCUAAUGUUAUGGUAGAAAAAAUACUCGAAGAAGGCGCAUCUAUGAUUUCAACAAGAAAGAGUAAUCGAUUCCAAACAGAAAAUGAAUCAGAAAUCGAAAAUCAAUCUGCCGUUAUCGAAAAUAACACCGAAGAGGAAGUAUCCAAAAGAGAAACUUCAACUCUUACAUCAAGUAAUUGUAAAGGAUUUCAAACAGACAAUGAAUCGGAAAUUGAAAAUGAGUCUAAUGUUGAAGAAACAUUCGAAAGAGACACAUCGAUGAUUUCGCCAAGAAAGAGUAAUCGAUUCCAAACAGAAAAUGAAUCGGAAAUCGAAGAGGAAGUAUCUAAAAGAGAAACAUCAAUUAUAACACCAAGAAAGAGUAACCGAUUCCAAACAGAAAAUGAAUCGAAAAUAGAAAAUCAAUCUGCCAUUAUCGAAAAUAACAUCGAAGAGGAAGUAUCUAAAAGAGAAACAUCAAUUAUUACACCAAGAAAGAGUAAACGAUUCCAAACAGAAAAUGAAUCUAAUAUUAUUGGAGAAAAAAUAUUAGAAAAAGACACAUCGAUGAUUUCACCUAGAAAGAGUAACCGAUUCCAAAAAGAAAAUGAAUCAGAAAUCGAAGAUCAAUCUGCCAUUAUUGAAAAUAACGUCGAAGAAGAAUUAUCCAAAAGAGAAACAUCAAUUAUUACACCAAGAAAGAGUAAACGAUUCCAAACAGAAAAUGAAUCUAAUGUUAUUGGAGAAAAAAUAUUAGAAAAAGACACAUCGAUGAUUUCACCUAGAAAGAGUAACCGAUUCCAAAAAGAAAAUGAAUCAGAAAUCGAAGAUCAAUCUGCCAUUAUUGAAAAUAACGUCGAAGAAGAAUUAUCCAAAAGAGAAACAUCAAUUAUUACUCCUAGAAAGAGUGAAAGAUUCCAAGCAGAAAAUAAGUCGAUACUUAAUAAUAAAUUUGAUCUUAUUAAAGAAAAAACACCAGAAAAAAACACAUCGAUGACUUCACCUUUGAAAAGCAAACGAUUUCUUUUAGCAAAUAAAUCGACAGUUGAAAAUCAAUCUGCUGAUAUCGAAAGUGAUGUUGAAAAAGAAAAUUCGGAAAAUGGAUUGGAAAUUGAAAAUAAAUUUGACGUUAUCGAAAACAACGUCGAAACAUCACAAAAAGAAAAUUCAAUGAAUUCAUCAAGAAAAAGUAAGCGAUUCCAAACAGAAAAUGAAUAUAGUAUUGAAAAUCAAACUGGUGAUGCCGAAAAUAAUGAAUUUAAUGUUACCGAAAACAAUGACGAAAAAGAAGUAUCAAGAAAAGAAACUUCGAUAGUUUCAACAAGAAAGAGUGAACAAUUCAAAGUAGAGAACCAAUCGCAAAUUCAAAACCAAUCUGACGUUUUUGAAAAUAAUUGUAUUGAUGAAAAAUUAGAAAACACAACUACAAUGACACCAUCUUCACGUAGAAGUAAACGAUUCGAUUCAAUGAAGGAAUCACAGGUGGAUAAUAAUAUACAAAACAUAGACGAAACUACAUUUUUUGAAGAAAACUUCAAAGAAAAUAAUUCAUCAAUGCCUUCAUUUUCACGUAGAAGUAAACGAUUCAAUACAAAGAACCAAUCGCAUAUAGAAAAUAAAUCACAAAAUAUAGACGAAACUACAUUUUUCGAAGAAAACUUGAAAGAAAAUAAUUCAUCGAUGCCUUCAUUUUCACGUAGAAGUAAACAUUUCGAUACAAAGAAUCAAUCGCAAAUAGAAAAUAUAUCACAAAACAUAGACGAAACUACAUUUUUCGAAGGAGAUUUGAAAGAAAAUCAUUCAAUCAAAUCAUUAAGUGUUGAAAAUGAAGAAAACAAUGGAUCCUUUUUAUCAUCCAGAAGAAGCAAACGUUUCAGUAUACAAAAAGAUAAUCAAACUAAUGACAUGAAAAAUAAUUAUGUAGGUCAAAAGUUAAAUACACAUGAUUCACUUGCACUAUUAGAAACAGUAACAUCGUUAUGUUCUCCAAAUGAAAGUAAACGAUUAGAAGCCGGAAAAGGAUCGAAAAUUAUCAGCCAAUCUGUAAAUGACACGGAAAAAUUUGAAGAGACACUGCCUGAAAAAGAAACAUCGAUUGAUAUAUCGAGAAAGAGUAACCAAAUCCAAUCAACAAAUGAAUCAAAUAUUGAGAGCGAAUCUGUAACAGAAGAAACAUCUUCUGUUUCAAAAAUCAAAUCGCCAGUACCUGAUUCUCGAAAAAGAAAACGAUUCGAAUCAGUAAAUGAAUCAAAAGUAAAUAAUCAAAUUGAUGUUACCGAAAACAACGCCGAACAAGAAAUUUCAGAAAACAAAUCUAUAGUAGCAGAUACUCGAAGAAGCAAGCGAUUCGAAUUAGUAAAAGAAUCAAAAGUUAAAUCUGUAACAAAAGAAACCAAUUCAGAAAACAAAUCGCCAAUACCUAAUUCUCGAAAGAGUAAACGAUUCGAAUCAGUAAAUGAGUCAAAAGUAAAUAAUCAAAUUGAUGUUACCGAAAGCAGUCUCGUGCAAGAAAUUUCAGAAAACAAAUCUACAGUAGCAGAUACUCGUAGAAGUAAACGAUUUGGAUCAGUAAAUGUAUCAACAGUUGAAAAUCAAACCAUUACCGAAAAUAAUGUCGAACAAGAAAUUUCAGAAAUCAAGUCGACUAUAACAGCAUCUGCAAAAAGAAAACAAACUCAAGAACAUAAAGAGAAAGACUCCUCUACGUUCUCAACAAGGCCUCGUCGAGGUAGACGUUUCAAUUCUUUGAUUGAAUAUGGCUCCCAAGAAACUCCAACGCGUCAAAAUAAACGAAUUAAUGUGACUUUACAAAAUAAAUUAGACACCACCGAAAAUAAAUUCGAUGAAGAAAAUACACCAAAAACAUCUAAACCAAAUGAAUUUGAAAUUUCGAAACGACAAAAUUCACAAUUGAGAAAUACAUCUAGAAAACGUAUAAAUACGUCUUUAACUACAAUAACCCCAAACAAAAGAGUAACACGACGUAGUACAAUUGAUACACUUCAAUCAAAUAAUGAAGACGUCGAAAAUAUUGGAACACCAAGGGCACUACGUUCAAAAUUAAAUAAUUCAGCAUUGAAUAAAUCAAGACAAAAAACUUUACUUGGCCAACAAAAUUUCUCACCAUCAUGCUCAAGUUUAAUACCAAUAUCUGAUGAUGAGAGAUCUUAUUCGAUUGUUUCAAAUACAUCAAAUAUUGUUACAACUCCAAAAUCAAGUUUUGUAAUCAACCCGGCCCCAGAAACACCUUUUUUACGAAAUAUUCCAAAAACUUUCACAUCAACACCAAAAUUAAUUGUAGAUAAUACACAAAAAGCACAAAAUAUUGAAACAACAAUUAUUGAAGAGGAAAUCAAUGAAGAGGAUAUAUCAUCUGAUCGGGAAACACCUAAAACACAUGUGAAAAUUGAGAUACAGGAGUUGAAACAUCAACAUUCGACAGCGAAAAAACUAAGAAAAUCUAUACAAUUAAGUAACAAUACAUCAGUUGUUACACAAAUGGUAAAACAGUUGUUUAAAAAUGAUAAUGCUGAAGAUGAGACUCCUGGUGCUUCUCAUGAUGAUGAAGUUCAAGAAAAUUCAAGAAAAUCUCGACGACGUUCAAAGCCUAAUAACAGUAAUAUAUCAUUAAACGAUUUGGCUAACGUAAGUAAUUUAAAAAUAUUACGUAAUACAUCGACCAAAUUACGGCCAUCAGAAUUGUAUAAUGUGGAUGAUAAGGAUGGAGACACAACGAAAAAGAAUAUUAAAAAAACAGAACGCAUCGCUCAAAAAUCACCCAAAAAUGAUUUGACUGACGUAAAAGGUGUAAAACAACUAUUUUCAACACCGAAAGUACAGAAGUCACCAAAAAACGACUUAACAAAUAUCAGAGGUGUUAAAAAAUUAUUAGGUACACCACCAAUUCAAAAUUCACCUAAAAACGAUCUAACAAACGUAAGAGGUGUUAAAAAAUUACUGUCCACACCAAAGACUCAGAAAUCACCAGAAAAUGAUCUAACAAACGUUAAAGGUGUUAAAAAAUUGUUAGGUACGCCUAAAGUUCAAAAUUCACCGAAAAAUGAUUUAACAAACGUGAGAGGUGUUAAACAAUUAUUAGGUACACCUAAAGUUCAAAAUUCACCAAAAAAUGAUCUUACACAUAUAAGAGGUGUUAAAAAAUUAUUAGGGACACCAAAAGUUCAAAAUUCACCCAAAAAUGAUUUAACAAAUGUGAAAGGCGUUAGACGAUUAUUAUCUACACCUAAGACUCAAAGGUCACCGAAAAAUGAUUUAUCAAACAUCGUGAGUGUGAAAGAAUUAAUGUCAACUCCAAUAAUAGAAAUUAAUAAAUCUAGUAAAUAUGUGGUCAUUGAUGACGAUGAUUUAAGACCAAAAAGGUCUCGAAACUCAUCAAUUUCAAAUGUUUUACAGGAAAAAAAAUCAAACUGUAACCUAUUCACAGAUAAUAAUACAUUAGAAAAAAGUGUACGAAAAUCCAGCGCAAAUGAAGCGGAAAAACUCGAUAAAGAAAUCCAAGUGGAAGUUAAAGUGAAAAGUCGCGGAAGUAAUACUGAGACAGAACUGAAAAAUGAUAAAGAAAUUCAAACUCAAUUAAUUGAACGAGCCACUCGAAGAAUUACUGAUAUUAAUUCUUUUGACGCAAGUGAUGGUCUCCAAAAAAAAGACAAUGUAGAGAAUAUCGAAAAACGAUUAUUGAUUGACUUAUCAACACAAGUUCAUGUUGUAUUAAAUGAAGCAGAUAAAAAAUUAUGCGACGAUAAAAUUAUUGAAAGGGCGCACAGUACACCGACAGCACGUGUAACACGUGGGCGAAAUAAUAAAAAAGUUGAAGAGAUAGAAAAUACAUCAUUCAAUUCGCCCCAAGUGAAACCAACACGUGGAAGAACAACGAGAAGAAAUAAAGUUUCAUCUCCCAGUAAAGAUAAACUCGAAUUGCAAAACAAUUUCUUAGAGAAGCAAAAUAUUAAAUACUCCAUGAGUCCCGUUCAAGUUAUGAUCAAUAAUAUAUGUCGAAAAGCUGUAGACGAUAAAUUAUGUGAAAAAGUAGAUGUUAAAAUGGAAGCAAUGAAUAAAACUCCUGUUAUUGUUCUUAGCUCUGAAAAUGCCUCACAAAACCGAGGUCGAGAAAAAAUAACAAGAAGAAAUUUAGAAAUUGAAAAUAUUAAUAAAGAAGAACUGCCAUUAAGUCCAGCAAUUAAACGAUUACGAGGUCGUGCUAAUAGUGCUCGAUCAAAUAAAAAUAGUCCAAUUAAAAAAGAAGAAACUCCUCAUAAACGAGGCAAGAAAAUAAUUGAAAAAGAAACCGAAGAAAUUGUUAAUGAUGAGAUGAAAGAAGCAAAUACUGAUGAAAAAGAUAUAAAACCGCGUAAAGGAAAGCGAUUGGCCCAAAUCGAUAAAGUUGAAGACAAUGAUGACGAUGAAGAAACGAUUUCACAAACACGCACAAGGCAUGGAAAAUUCGCUGAAAAGGAUAUGGAGGACAAACAUGUUAUUCCUAAAAACAUAGAGAAAGACAUAGCUAAAAAGGAUUCUGAAAAUAAAGAUACACAUAACAAAGAGACUGAUCAAAAACGAAUAGGGCGACAAAAUAAAAAAGAUAUUGAAAAAUCUAUUGUUGAAGAGAAAGAAAAAAUUUUAGAAGUUAAUCAAAAACAAACAAAAGAGGGACGAAUGUUAAAAGUAACCUUUGUUGGUGAAAUUAAAGAUACUGAUAGUGAAGAUGAAGAAACACUUGCUGGAAAAUCAAUCCCAAAACGAACUACUAGAGACAGGAAAGAUGUAAAAAAAGAUAACGUUAAUGCCGAUGAAGUAGAUCAACAAAAGGAACUGGGUAAGAAAAGUGGUAGAAGUCGACAGAUCAGGAAAACCAUUGAAGAGGCUAUGGAUGCAGCUUCUGACUUAGAAAUAGUAGAAACUGAUCAAAAACAAACAAAAAACAAACAAUUAGCCAAAAAAGAUCUUGAAAAUAAAACUUCAGAGAACGGUAGUGAAGAUGAUGAAACUCCUGUUGGGAAACUAAGUCCAAAACGAAGUGCUAGGGGAAGGAAAGUAAUUAAAAAAGAUAAUGUAAAAGUUAAUGAAGAUGAACAAGACAAAGAAAUGGUUGAUCAAAAACGAGGUAGAAGUCGACACAACAAAAAAUGUAUUGAAGAAUCUGCUGUUGAAGAUUCUGACAUAGAAGUUGUAGAAAUUGAUAAAAAACAAACAAAACGUAAACGAAUAACUAAAAAAGACCUUGAUAAAGCUAAAGAAAGCGAUAGCGAAGAUGAAGAAACACACGUUGAAAAACCAAACCCCAAACGAACUCUUAGAGGAAAGAAAAUAGUUAAAAAAGAUAAUGUUAAAGUGAAUGGAGACGAACAGCAUAAAGAAGAAACUAACCAAAAACGCGGUAGAGGUGGUCGACAAAAUAUUAAUGAAUCUGAUGUUGACGAUUCUGACAUAGAAUUAGUAGAAACUGAUAACAAACGAACAAACAGUAAACGCAUAACGAAAAAGGAUCUUGACAAAACUAAAGAAAGCGAUAUCGAAAAUGAAAAAACACACGUUAUAAAACCAAGCCCAAAACGAACUACUAGAGGAAAAAAAGUAGUCGAGAAAGAUAAUGUAAAAAUAGAAGUGAGCAAACAUCAUAAAGAAGAAACUAACCAAAAACGAGGUAAAAGCGAUCGGCAGACCAAAAAAGACAUUGAAGAAUCGGCUGUUGACGAUUCUGAUAUCCAAGUGGUAGAAACUGACAAAAAACAAACAAACAGUAAACGCAUAACGAAAAAGGAGAUUGGCAAAACUAAAGAAAGCGAUAGCGAAGAUGAAGAAAUAUCUGUUGAAAAAUCAAGCUCAAAACAAACUACUCGAGGGAAGAAAGUUGUUAAAAAAAAUAACGUCAAAGAUGAUGAAGAUGAGCAAGAUAAAGAAGAAACUGAUCAAAAAAUAAGUAAAGGUCGGCAGAUUAAAAAACGUGUUGAAAAAUCUGCAGCCGAAAAUUCUGACAAGGAAUAUGAAGUAACUAACCAAAAACGAAAUAAACAUCGAUUAACUAAUAAAGAUGUCGAAGAUACUGACAAGGAAAAUGAUUUGGAUCAAAAACGUACCAGAGGACGGCAGGCUAAAAGAGGUGUCGAUGGUACUGAUAAAGAAGAUGUUGAAACUGGAAAAUCGCGAAAUAGAGGUGUACAGACGACAGAGACUGUCGAAAAAUCUACGCUUGGAGAUUCCGGCAAGAAACAUGAAGUAAAUGACCGAAAACGAACUAGAGGUAGACCAGCUAAAAAUGAUAUCGAAGAUACUGAUAAAGAAGAUGUUGAAACUGAGACAAAACGAACUAGAGUGGGUCGGCAGACUAAAAAGAUUGUUGAAAAAUCUGUUGUUGAAGAUGCCAAUAAAGAAGACGAAAAAACUAACCAAAAACGAACUAGAAGUCAGCAAACAAAAAAAGAUUCCGAAAAUUCGAGUAAAAAAGAUGUCAAGCUUAGCCAAAAACAAACUAAAAAGAAUAUUGUUGAAUCAGAUGUUGAAGAUUCUGGCAAAGCACAAAAAGAAACGAACCAAAAAACCAAAUCUCCAACAGAAUCGAAAAAAGUUAUUGAGACUCCCGACCAAACAAAUACAAAACGCACAAGGGGGCGAUUAAUAAAAAAAGAUAAUGAUAAAAGUGUUGCCGAAGAAAGUGAGGAUUUAAAUAAAAAGCGUAAACGCGAAAACAAAACAGGUGCGGAAGAAAGUACAGUAAAAAAAACAGAAGUUGUACAAUUUAUUGUAGUUUCUGAUGAUGAUAGCCCACCGCCAGCUAAAAAAUCUUUAAGAAGUCAAUCCAAAAAAGAAGAAAUAAAGGGAUCUAGAACGAGAAGGCGAGUGGUAUAAAUUAUUUUUAAAUAAUAUUUUUUUUACUUUUAUAAUUGAUACAAUUUAUUGAAGUACUCUGUAU